AAACACAGUAACUAACAAUUAUGAUUUUCCUCGAUAUUUUCUAAGUUAUAAAGUAAGUUAUAAAUUAUAAUUUAAUAGCUAAUAAGUAAAUAGAUUAGUUGAUGCAAUGGCGGAUUUACCGACUGUCUUACAUGAUCAUGAUUAUUUCACUAUUACUACUGAAUUAAAUUCAAGUUGUGUGACUGAAACACCAAGACCAGAUGAAAAUAUUUUAUUAAGUGCAACACAUUCUGAUCAUGAUGAAACUGUUUUACAUAAUGAUGGUUGUAAUAAGAAAAAAAAAUUCAGUAAGAAAGAUCAACAUGCAGUUUGGCAGGAAAAGAGGAAAAGUAAAAUAGAAAAUGCUAAAAUAAAACACCCAUUUAGAAACAUUCCCUGUCCAAAAAUAUGUAGAAAUAAUUGUAAUAUUAAUAUGUUGGUUGAUCAACGACAACAAAUUUGGAGUGAUUUCUGGGCAAUGGAUUAUACUUCAAGAAGAAGGUACUUAGGAAAUAGUAUUGUAGUGUCUUCAGUUGAGCGUCGAACAACAACAGAUUUAAUAAAUAAUUUUAAAAGGAAUGAAUCUCGUUAUUUUUAUCUACCAGCUGGACCUAAGAAAGAUAAAAUCAGAGUAUGUAAAUCAAUGUUUCUCAACACAUUCGGAUAUUCAAAUGACUCUAUAUUAACAGCUCUUUAUAAAAAUUUCAAAAAUUGUGACAGUCCAUGUCUAUCAACUGUAAAAGAAAAUAGAGGUAACAAAACUGGUGUGAGUAAUUUAAACAUUGACAAGACCUCAAUAAUUAACCAUAUAAAAAUGUAUAAUCCACGUUCUAGUCAUUAUCGUAGACAUAAUAGUCCCAAUAUCAUGUUUUUGCCUAGAGAAUUGACUGUAAAAUCAAUGUAUGAAGAUUUUUGUUUGAGACAUGGAAAAUUGUUUUCACAAGAAACUUACAGAGGGGUUCUAAAAGAGUUGAAUAUCUCAUUAAAAAGUCCUAUUUCUGAUAAAUGUGAAGAUUGUACCAAUUAUGCUAAUGAAAUAGAAAAUUCAAUUGAUGAAGAUGAAAUUGAGGAACCUAAAAUUAAAUUAGAAAAACAUAAAAUCAAAGCAUUUCAAGCAAACACUAUGUACAAAAAGGAUGCCAAUAUAAACACUAGCAGCACAACCAAAAUAUUUUCCAUGGACCUCCAAAAAAUUCUUCUAUUAUCCAUGAUACCAGAUUCGAAAACUUGUUUUUUCACUAGUCGUUUAAUAGUGUUUAAUGAAACAUUUGCUUCCUUAAGACCAAAAGGCAAAUCUUAUUGUGUACUGUGGCAUGAAGCUGUAGCUGGUAGAAAAGCAGAAAACAUUGCAGAUUCAAUACUAUCCAUAAUGAGAGAAGAAAGAGAUGCUAAAAAUUUUAUUUUUUGGGCUGACAACUGCACGGGUCAAAACAAAAAUUGGGUAUUAUUCACAGCAUUAAUCAGCACUUUGAACUCUAAGCACAAUAAUUGUAUAGAAAGUGUCACUAUUAAAUACUUGACAAAAGGCCAUACACAUAUGUCAGCAGAUGGAGUUCAUGGAAACAUAGAGAAAAAAUUUAAGCAAGUAAGGAAUAUAUAUGAUUAUGAUGAUCUCAAAAAUAAAAUUAAGGAAAGUAGAACAAAUUUAAACAUUAUCGAUCAAACACAUUUUUUUAAUUGGUCAAGCAAGAAACGAUCUACUACCAUAAAGAAUGACCCACUAAAAGGUUUUAAAUUGUCGAGUCUAGUGAUGGUAACAUUUUUUAAAGGAUCUACCAAAAUGGUAUAUUAUACUAACUUUGAUGAGGCACCAAAAGAAUUAGACUUUUUACAAAAAAAAAUUUUAAAAACCAUCAUUGAUUAUGAACCAGACAAAAUUAUGGAACAACGAGGGAUAAACUUUGAAAAAAAAAAUGAAAUAGUAAAUAAAUUACUUCCAUUAAUGCCAAAUAAUAGAAAAAAAUUUUGGACUACCUUACCAGUUUCUUUAACUUCUGAAAACCUAGUUAGUGAAAUUGGACUAUCAGAUACUUUUAUUAUUGAAUGUGCAGAAUGAUGUAUUUUUU